GCGGAGGCCUCAGGGGCUUGGGGCGUCGGGGAGUGCGCGAGGCGGCCCGGGUUGUGUGCAGUGGCGGAGACAAAGCGGUGGCUGAGGUGGCAGUGGCGGCAGCGGCAGUGGCGGCGGAGCAGACCUAAACGCCGAAGUUUGUGGUGCUGAGUCCGGUCACCAUCUCAACCAGCGCGGCGCGCGGGCGGCUGCUCUCGCGGCGGAGGCGGCAGCGGCGGAGGCGGAGGCGGCGGCAGCACAUGGUUCCAAGAGCGCGCUGCGGUUGUUGGGUUCCAAUUCCGUGGGGAGGGACAAAGGCAGCUGUGAGCGCCGGGCAACGCCCGGUAGGGUGGUGCGCUCGCCACUGCCCUCGAUCCAGGCCUUGAAAGCUGGGACUAACUCCUCUCCGUGAGGAGGAGACCACGGGACCGAGGCCCAGUCAGGGCCUGAGAGGCUGAGGCCGUUGUCUGAGGGAAGUGGGGGAGGGGCGCGGCCCGCCUGAGUUAAUUUGGGCGGGUCAAUUCUGUAGCUACUUAGUGGGUCAUUGUGAGGUAAUUUGACCCACUACCUUGACGAAAUUGGGGCACACAGCAAGCUAGGUUUGGUCCAGGCUUUGAAAACAGAAAUCAGUCUUCAGCGCUUAGGAGAUCUUUCAGUUGGGAGGUGGUGAAGCCGGAACUAACGCCAUAUGCACUUCAUCAACAUCGUGGUCACCAGACUGGGGCUAAUUUAAGGAUCCUGGGAUCAUUGAUGGCGAAGACAUGGGUGGUUGUCCAGUUUUAUGACUGAAGGUGCUGUUUCCGGAUUGGUAAGUUUCCUCGCAGGAAAUUUAGAGGAACAACAACAAAAAAGCCUCGAAGAACAUGAAGAUGGAGCAGUAAUUAAAUCACCAACUCCAGUAUCAUCUACUCUGGGACCAACCACAUUCCACUCCGUGAACUGUUGCAAAUUAACGCUGAAGCUCCAUAAGACUACACGUUUAUGACGUAGUUCCUUCCAAAAUAUUACAUCAUAGUCAUUGAGAAGAUUUAAAAAAAUGUAAAGGAGAAAUCGAUUUUUAUUUUAGACAUCCUUUUUAAUAUAUCUUGGUUAGAUACUAGAUAACCUUGUUUAACUAAGGAGCACAGAUUUACCAAACCUUUACUGGAAGGAAUCCUGAAAAAUCUGUUCCAUUGUAAGCUUAUAGUUCCCAGUUAGUGGGUAAAGAACUGGAGACCUCACUGCACUCAUGGCUUUCACAAAUUACAGCAGUCUGAAUCGAGCUCAGCUAACCUUUGACUAUCUACACACAAAUUCAACCACUCAUGAAUUCUUGUUUGGUGCUCUUGCUGAACUAGUUGAUAAUGCAAGAGAUGCUGAUGCCACCAGAAUCGAUAUUUAUGCAGAAAGGCGAGAGGACCUUCGCGGAGGGUUUAUGCUUUGUUUUUUGGAUGAUGGAGCAGGAAUGGAUCCAAGUGAUGCUGCCAGUGUGAUCCAGUUUGGGAAGUCAGCCAAGCGAACGCCUGAGUCCACCCAGAUUGGGCAGUACGGGAAUGGGUUAAAAUCGGGCUCGAUGCGCAUUGGGAAGGAUUUUAUCCUCUUCACCAAGAAGGAAGAGACCAUGACCUGUCUCUUCCUGUCGCGUACCUUUCACGAGGAGGAAGGCAUUGAUGAAGUGAUCGUCCCAUUGCCCACCUGGAAUGCUCGGACCCGAGAACCUGUCACAGACAACGUGGAGAAGUUUGCCAUCGAGACGGAACUCAUCUAUAAGUAUUCUCCCUUCCGCAAUGAAGAGGAAGUGAUGACUCAGUUCAUGAAGAUUCCUGGGGACAGUGGAACGCUGGUGAUCAUCUUCAAUCUCAAACUCAUGGAUAAUGGAGAGCCAGAGCUGGACAUAAUCUCAAAUCCAAGAGAUAUCCAGAUGGCAGAGACUUCCCCGGAGGGCACGAAGCCAGAGCGCCGCUCCUUCCGCGCCUAUGCUGCCGUGCUCUACAUUGAUCCCCGGAUGCGGAUCUUCAUCCACGGGCACAAGGUGCAGACCAAGAGGCUCUCCUGCUGCCUCUACAAGCCCAGGAUGUACAAGUACACAUCAAGCCGGUUCAAGACCCGCGCGGAGCAGGAGGUGAAGAAAGCUGAGCACGUGGCACGGAUUGCUGAAGAGAAGGCAAGGGAGGCGGAGAGCAAAGCUCGGACGUUAGAAGUGCGCCUGGGCGGAGACCUCACGCGGGACUCCAGGGUGAUGUUGCGACAGGUCCAGAACACGGCCAUUACCCUUCGCAGAGAAGCUGAUGUCAAGAAGCGGAUCAAGGAGGCCAAGCAGCGAGCGCUUAAAGAACCCAAGGAACUGAACUUUGUUUUUGGGGUCAACAUUGAACACCGGGACCUGGACGGCAUGUUCAUCUACAACUGUAGCCGCCUGAUCAAGAUGUAUGAGAAAGUGGGCCCACAGCUGGAAGGGGGCAUGGCAUGUGGCGGGGUCGUUGGGGUUGUAGAUGUGCCCUACCUGGUCCUAGAACCUACACACAACAAGCAGGACUUUGCUGAUGCCAAGGAGUACCGGCACCUGCUGCGGGCGAUGGGGGAGCACCUGGCGCAGUACUGGAAGGACAUCGCCAUUGCCCAGCGGGGAAUCAUCAAGUUCUGGGAUGAGUUCGGCUACCUCUCUGCCAACUGGAACCAGCCUCCAUCCAGUGAGCUGCGUUACAAACGGCGGAGAGCUAUGGAAAUCCCAACCACCAUCCAGUGUGAUUUGUGUCUGAAGUGGCGGACCCUCCCCUUCCAGCUUAGUUCUGUGGAAAAAGAUUACCCUGACACCUGGGUUUGCUCCAUGAACCCUGAUCCUGAGCAGGACCGGUGUGAGGCUUCUGAACAGAAGCAGAAGGUUCCCCUGGGGACGUUCAGAAAGGAUCUGAAGACACAGGAAGAGAAGCAGAAGCAACUGACAGAGAAAAUUCGCCAGCAGCAGGAGAAGCUGGAGGCCCUGCAGAAAACCACACCCAUCCGCUCCCAAGCUGACCUGAAGAAAUUGCCCUUGGAAGUGACCACCAGACCUUCCACUGAGGAACCUGCACGUAGACCUCAGCGUCCUCGGUCACCUCCUUUACCUGCUGUGAUCAAGAAUGCCCCGAGCAGACCCCCUUCCCUGCAGGCUCCCAGACCAGCCAGCCAGCCCCGAAAGGCUCCUGUUGUCGGCAGUGUCCCAAAGCCUCCUGCCCUGACAGCGCGGGAGGAGGCCAGUACUUCCAGGCUGCUCCAGCCUCCUGAGGUGCCCCGAAAGCCUGCCAACACUCCAGUCAAGACUGCAUCCCGGCCCGCCCCUCCCGCACAGCCACCGUCACCAUCUCUGCUGCCCAACUCCAAGAGCCCUCGGGAGGUCCCCGCCCCCCGAGCCAUCAAGACUCCAGUGGUCAAGAAGCCGGAGCCACCCAGUAAACUCUCCGUGGCCACUCCUGGUCGGAAGCGGAGUCUUGGGGUCUCUGAUGAGGAAGAAGCCGAGGAAGAGGCUGAGAGGAGGAAAGAGAGGUCCAAGCGGGGCAAGUUUGCUGUGAAGGAGGAAAAAAAGGACUUGAAUGAGCUCUCAGACAGUGCUGGGGAAGAGGACUCAGCUGACCUCAAGAACGCUCAGAAAGAUAAAGGGCUGCACGUGGAGGUGCGUGUGAACAGGGAGUGGUACACAGGCCGUGUCACAGCCGUGGAGUUGGGCAAGAACGUGGUGCGGUGGAAGGUGAAAUUUGACUAUGUGCCCACGGACACAACACCAAGAGACCGCUGGGUGGAGAAAGGCAGUGAGGAUGUGCGGUUGAUGAAGCCCCCUUCCCCGGAGUAUCAGAGCCCGGACACGCAGCAGGAGGGCGGGGAGGAGGAGGAGGAGGCGGCGGCGGUGGUGGCCCAGCAGGCUGUAGCCAUGGCGGAACCCUCCACCUCGGACUGCAUUCGCAUUGAGCCCGACACCACCGCCCCGAGCACCAACCACGAGACCAUUGACCUCCUCGUCCAGAUCCUUCGGAAUUGUUUACGGUACUUCCUGCCUCCGAGUUUCCCCAUCUCUAAGAAGGAGCUGAGUGCUAUGAAUUCAGAUGAGCUAAUAUCGUUUCCUUUGAAAGAGUACUUCAAGCAGUAUGAAGUGGGGCUCCAGAACCUGUGCCAUUCCUACCAGAGCCGUGCCGACUCGCGGGCCAAGGCCUCCGAGGAGAGCCUGCGUACCUCCGAGAGAAAGCUCCGUGAGACAGAGGAGAAGCUGCAGAAGCUGAGGACCAACAUUGUGGCGCUCCUGCAAAAGGUGCAGGAGGACAUAGACAUUAACACAGAUGACGAGCUGGAUGCCUACAUCGAGGACCUGAUCACCAAGGGGGACUAAGAGGCCUGGAGCCAGAGAUCAGCUCCCCUGCCCCUCAAGGCAGAGCUCCUGGGGGUGGAGUUUCAUUUAUGGGUUGAUGGACUUACCUUGGUUUGACUCACAUGGGAUAUUUGUGCUUUUGGAGGGAAAGAGACUCUGAUUCUUUGAAUCUUCCUCCCUAAGUUUAUAAAUAUUUAUUUUUUAAAAGAAACAAGAUGCUGUGCCUGCUGUGAGACCAUACAUUUUUUUGGUGACUCUUGGGCAGAGAACAGAAGCAGGACGCCAAGUCUGAGCUGCUUCUCUUGGCUCCUGGCUCCUCAAGAUGUGGUGAAUCCAGUGUUGUUUGGAAGUUGGGGAGGCUCCAGGGGCAGGGCUGGGGGAGGGACAUGGUCCCCCAGGCUGGUGCUCCCCCAGGAACUCCAAUCCAGGGGAUCCCCACAGGGCCACAGUCAGGAGGAGGCUCAGCGUUGAGCAGCUCCCUGUCUCGUGGCUCCUGCCUCAGGUCGGGGAUGUGAGUGGUGGCCCAAGUGGUUGGUCUUGGCUGUGGCACCGUCCAGACAGCUUGGGGAAGAAAGAUCCUCCUGUUCAACUUCCCCAUCCACCACCUAAUUUCUCCCUGCUGGAGAACUAACAAUGGACAGUGAGGUUUCCUGCCUCAAAAACUUGAGUCCAGGUUGUGGCAUGGACAGAUCCGACUCUGGUCAGACUGCUGACCUGGGUAACACACUGAAUGUUUGAAUUCCAAAGGAUUCCUUUUAGGAAAGGACCAUGUGUGUGAAGGAGCCCCUGUGCUGGUUGUUAGUGGCCUUGUCUGUGGGUGUGGCAGGGCCCUAGGGAGCGCACCUUCCUCAAUGGUCCCGGCCAUCUGGAGAGCCUGGUGCUGUUUUUUCUCUUACUGCGUCCCCCCUGUCUGGCCCCACCAGGCCCAGUCAAGGUCCCUGCUUUGGGGCAGAUAGGAGGAGAGGGGGUCACUGAGCCACAGGGACUCCAGAGGUGGCUCUGCAGGAAGCACACCACACCUUCCUUCCCACCUGGUCACAGCCUCAUACAGCUGUGUCCCUCAACUUCUCAGGGUCCGAGACAAAAGCAAGAGUUGCUGAAUUUUCUCUUUAACGGCCAUUGGAA